GCAAUAGGCUUCCAUAACCUGCUCCUCAGGUUGAACAGGCUCUCAUACAAACGCAACCCUCUGCCAAAUGUUGGGAUCAACGCUUCAAACUUAUCUCUAUUUAAUGUACAUGAGGUUCAAUCUGGGUAUUUGUUAUUUAACGACCUGCCCCUGGUCUCUCGGUGAGUCUUAGGUCAUGCAGUGGUUGCUGCUGAGGAGGGGCUUGACCAGAUGUUGAGUGCUCUGCAGCGUGGACCGAAGCUAAAGUUCUUCCAACACUGCACAUGGGUUGCUAUUUGACUCCAGCGGCCAGGAGUGUACGGGCACGUAACGAGGGUAUCCAACCAGAGAAAUUACACCUUGGAUUCUGUUCUGAGAUGUGAAGAUCUUGAACUUCCUAUAAGACCAACCCCACUUGUCUUUGUUAGGACCAAACUACCUAUCAUUGUUUACCAGGAUAAAUUUGCGCUACUCUUAAUUCAUUAUAUUAACCUUUGCCUUUGAGCGUUGAAAUAAAUUGGUAAACAUGGUGGCUGAUGGAGACACCCAGUCCGUGGACAGUGGUGUUAGACUAAAGCAGGAGAUCUCCCUCCUCCAUGGGGUCUGCCUCAUCGUGGGAAAUAUGAUUGGCUCUGGAAUCUUUGUCUCUCCGAAGGGAGUUCUCAUGUAUACGGGCUCUUACGGCUUGUCUCUGGUGGUGUGGGCCAUCGGAGGGAUAUUUUCUGUGAUUGGAGCGUUGUGCUACGCUGAGCUCGGUACCACUAUCCGCAAAUCCGGAGCGUCUUACUCUUACAUUCUGGAAGCAUUUGGAGGCUUUUUGGCUUUUAUUCGACUCUGGACGUCCCUGUUGAUCGUAGAACCAGCCUCUCAGGCGGUGAUAGCCUUGACCUUCUCCAACUAUUUGAUCCAGCCUUUCUACUCCACCUGUUUCUCCCCGUACUACCCGGUCCGCCUCAUUGCAGCUGCCAUAAUAUGUUUGUUAACUGCUGUAAACUGCAUGAAAGUAAAAUGGGGAGCGAUCCUCCAGGUCAUCUCUACUGUAGCAAAGGUGCUGGCUCUCAUCGUCAUCAUCAUCGCUGGCUUGGUGAAGCUGGGUCAAGGUUUUGACCAGAAUUUUCAAGAGCCGUUCAAAGACUCCAAGCUGGAAAUGGGCCAUAUGGCUUUGGCUCUUUAUUCAGCUCUUUACUCCUACUCUGGCUGGGACACACUCAACUUCAUCACAGAGGAGAUCCAGAACCCAGAGAGGAAUCUCCCUUUGUCCAUUGCCAUUUCCAUGCCCAUUGUCACAAUAAUCUACAUUUUAACCAAUGUAGCUUACUACGUGGUCAUGGAGGCAGACACUCUGCUCUACAGUCAAGCGGUUGCUGUGACAUUUGCAGAUGAAGUCCUGGGCUGGGCUCGAUGGAUGAUCCCUUUCUCUGUGGCCGUUUCAUGUUACGGAGGCCUCAACUCAUCCAUCAUUGCUGCCUCCAGGUUGUUUUUUGUUGGCUCCAGAGAAGGCCACCUGCCCGAAGUCCUGUGCAUGAUCCACAUUAAACGUUACACCCCGAUUCCAGCCCUGCUUUUCAAUGGGGUCAUGUCGUUAAUUUACCUCUCCGUGCCCGACGUCUUCCGGUUGAUCAACUACUUCAGCUUUAAUUACUGGCUGUUCAUCGGCCUGUCGAUAGCCAGUCAGAUCUACCUUCGACUCAGAUUUCCCGAUUUGCCGCGCCCUAUUAAGCUGUCUCUGUUCUUCCCAGUAGUUUACUGCUUGUGCAGCAUUUUCCUGGUGGUUGUUCCCCUCUACAGUGACACCAUCAACUCUCUUGUUGGAAUUGCAGUUGCUCUGUCCGGAGCUCCAGUCUACUAUAUUUGUGUCCAUCUACCUCCCACGUCUAGACCACCCUUCCUCCGGAAAAUGCUUGAUAAGAUUUCCCUGAUCACCCAGAAACUGUGCUUCUGCUGUGUGGCCUCGCCAGAUAUUGAUCUGGACAACAUAGAACCAGAGAAGAUGGAAUGAUGCAGUGAUGAAGAACCCGGAGAGGAGCUCUGUCUGAAUAGAGGAUGAUUGGAUACACAGAUGAAGGAAGCUGAGUUGCAGAUUGCCAGGGAAGAGAUAAAAAAAAGAAAAAGUAAAUAAGCAUGAGGGAACCUGAAGAGAGGAGCCGCACAAACUUCCUGCCUUCCUCUUCUCACAUCUUUCAAUCGGCGAAGCAGCAGCAGGGUGUUUCACACAUAAGCAGUUUACAGCAUUUUGAUUAAUAGUUUAAAGUUGUGUGUGUGUAUGUAGGUGUGUGUGUGUGUGUAGUAAUGGCAGCAGCAGGGUGAGAGAGGAAACUCACCGGCACUCCUCAGAGAUCACAAAAACAGUUUUGCACAUAUUCUACUGACUGUUCUGUGGGUUACAAAUAGUUUUGUUAUGCUUUCCUAAACCGAAGGACCAACUGCUGAUUAUUUUACUGUUUUUUUUUUUUCCAAUAGUUGACAGGUCAACAUGUCCGGCUGUUUUUCACUCAUUUGACAUUUCGUCUUUAUUUAGAAAACUUUCUGCUCUACGUAGUCUCCUCUUUGUAGGUGAUGGUAACGUCCAUCAGCAAGGUAGAAGUGGCUUUAUUCGCCACGUAUUUGUUAAAGUUGUGCCUUAUUUUCAUCAUUUUCUUGCCUUUUUUCACACAUGUGCAAACAGCUGAGAAUGGAAACCUUUUCUUAUUUACUGUGAUUGUUGCAGGAUUAAAUGCUUCGUGUAAUGCUAAGAGGCGAACCUCACGAUCAGUCAUGCUCUUUAUACUGAUCCCUGCCAGUCUCAAAGGAUUGUGAAACAUUUAGGACAUUUAAUGUUGCAGUGUGUCGUCAUAAAGCUAAUAAAAUUCAGACUCUUGUGUUAUUCAGCUGUGUGGAGUUUGAGCUGCAUGUAGAAAUGUGGUCCUUCUGAAUUGUAUGUGCGUUCCAAGUGUGGUGAAAUUUUCCUGCCUGUUGUAACGUCAUGAGCACAAUUGUUGAAACUUUACUGUAACGUAGCCAGAUGUUCUUCGUGUCUAAAACAUUUGCUGCACCAAGCAGUCCUUAGCUUGAUGAGUCGUAUUUACAACAUAAGUUAAAAACCAAUACAAAUGCAGUUCAUGUGCUCAUUUGUUUUCUCUGGGAUUCUAGUAGAUGUUGAGACCAAACUAUAGUGAGCUGGUUUUUUUUAAAAAAAUAUUGACUGUACAAUAUUUAGUCCAUUUCCAGCAGAUAUGAGCUUAUAUGUAACAACGGGCAGUGCAUACAUAGCAAUAUAAAUGAGUGUUUGCUGUUUCAAUGGAUACCAAAUGUUUGAAAUUUGUUGGGAAACAUAUAAAAUAUUGAGUCUUUGUUUUUACCUUUCUAUGGACGUAGACCAACCAAAUGCUGAAAACCGUAUAAUUUGUGUUAUUUCGCCUGAAGGAUGUAUGUGCUGUGUGUUUUAUCCAAAUAAAGUUGAAAUGAUGUACGUU